CUUGAACCAAAACUUGCGGUACUGUUGCAAGUCCGCUAGUCAGUGUAGAAUGAGUGAAGUGUAGAAAUUGGUAUUUUUUAAAUUCCUCAGAGAACCACUACAGCGCGGGUGUGUUGACUCGCAGUCUAGGUGUCCCUGAGCAACUCGCGUCUCGUAAGCAGUAGAACGUUUAUUUUUCCUAGUUUUCUGUUUCAUUUUUGUGGAAGAUGCUUUCUGGGUCUGGCUGUGCCUUGUGGAUUGUAUUGCUGUCACACUUGGAAACCGCCUACGCGACUUACUCAGAAGAUCAAUGCAGCUGGAUGGGGAGCGGGCUGUCCCAGCAGCCAGGCAGCGUGGAGCAGAUCUCCCUCCACUGUGCUGAGGGUUCCCUGGACUGGCUGUACCCCAAGGGGGCGCUGCGGCUCAGCCUGUCCCCCAGACUCCCCUCAGGAGCGGUGGGUCCGGGGGGUGCGGGCCGGAGCUCGGGGCUCAUCACUGCCUGCAUCAAGCCCGAGGAGACGUUCUGGGGGGCGCAGAUCUACCUGGAACGGGACGGGAUCCUGGAGCUGCUGGUGGGAGAUCGGCCUGACUCCCCUCAGCCCCCCCGAGUGCGCUGCUUCAGCCGGCCACCUGGAGAGAAGGUGGCUCUGUUCCUGCAGGCCACCCCUCACCAGGACAUCAGCCGCAGGAUCGCAGCCUUCCAAUACGAGCUGCGCGGGGACUGGAACGCACGGCUGUCUCUCGACUCCAAUACCGUCCACCACGAAGGAGCCUGCAGACCCUGCAAUGACACAGAGAUACUGAUGGCUGUCUGCACCAGUGACUUCGUGGUUCGAGGGAACAUUCGCUCGGUGUUGAAUGACGAGGACCUGCGAGUGUCUGUGAUCAAAGUGAGCGCGUCGCGGGUAUACCGGCAGAAGUACUCCCUUUUCCCCACCGGGGGGCGCUUGACAAAGGCCGGGGAGAUCCGGACCCUGCUGCAAUGCGGCGUCAAGCCUGGAGCCGGCAGUUUCCUCUUCACCGGGAGAGUGCACUUCGGGGAGGCCUGGCUGGGCUGCGCUCCCAGGUACAAGGACUUCCGUCGGGCCUACGAGGAGGCCCGGAACGCACACGAGAUCCCCUGUGAACUGGCCUCUGACUGAGAGACACAAACAGCUUCCCGCCACAGGAGGAAAUACAGCCCUCUGCACGGCCUCUGAAAUCUACCUCCAUACCAAGUUUUGUUUUUUAUUGUUCCAGUGGUUCUAAAAGGACCAACACGGGAAGCAACAUUCCAGAUACACUGUAGGAGGAAUCGGAAAUGGAUGCAGUAUAGGAGAAGGAUUCUGAAAGAGUGGAAGGGCCCAAACUGCAUGCCUGUUUUAUGAAGGAAAGCAGGAGUGUGCAAAACACAGCAAGAGACUGGAGAUACAUGAAAUAAUGUUGCAUGAUAUACUGUAUAUGUGGCCCAGUCAUAGACUGAAAGAUUUUGUUGGGCUGUUCAGUACAACCCCAGCCCCCCCCCCCUGUUUUUAGUAAUUGCACCUGCCAUUUCCCUCUUGUGUUUAUAAGGGGAAGGACCACUUUUGGAGAGGAUGGGGGGAUCAUUUUCUGAUUUGCACUGUUCUGUUUUCAUGUAAAUGAAAGGACCAAGAUUGAAAAAAAAGUAAUAAAAGCAAGCACUGAAUUAUCUGGAAACCAAAAUUUUUACACAGGUGUAUAUAUACAGAACAGUAUUAAUAUAUAAUUUGACUUCAGCUCGCCCUAGUUUAUUCCAUAUGAAAGCUGUAGUAAUAGGCGUAUACAUUUUUUUAUUUUAUUUUUUGCUGUAGAUAUAUACACCCUGUAUAUUUGGUGAACAGACCCUGUAUAAAAAACAAAACAAAAAAACGACACAAAAAUAUGAACCGUAUGCUUCAAAUGGCGAUAGUAUAAAUGGAUUUAUAGACUAUUCGACGUGUUGAGGAAACCUAUUCCACGUAAACCCUGAAGUGAAAUAGAAACCCGAGGGGGCACUAUACUGCAGUGGGUUUGUGAAACUAUUUCAGUCAGGUUUGUACUUGUCGUGUUGGAGCUCAGUUUAGACUAGGCAGACUAUGGUUACCACCUUACCGAAGUGGGCAACUUUAAAAAACCUAGAAUAUAGUAAAAGUUGUGGAAAUGCCACAGUCUGUUGUGACGGUACAGUUGAAGUGUAGUCUCAGCGAGUCCUAUAGAAUGUGUGUCUUAUGUGCUGGAUUUUUCUCUGUAUACCUGAAAGUGAAUUAGUACACACUGGUCUGUUGUUCAGAAUCUGUUAAACACUAAGGGCUAGUUUUUGAGUGCAUUUUAAAAUGUUACCUAAGGUGGAGUCAGCUUUCAAAUGAUAACAAACUACGUGCUGAAGUCGGUUUGACUCCCCAGUGCUGUAAAAUAAAUAGUCUAAUCAAAUUCAGGGAUGUGUUAUCAUGUUGGGGUAUACCGUCGUCAAGGAAACCCCUUAGCUUGGGAGGUAUGUGUUAGAGGAACUCAGUGUGUCAAACAUGCACAUUUUGUUAAGCAUUAACCAAGCAUUUUAUUGAAUUUAACAGAAGUUUCUGCAACGUGAAGUACAGUAAAAUAUUUGUAAAAGUGUGAUGUAGGGGAAUAAUACUGGAAUUUGGUGGUGGUUAUUUCUCACCUGCAGUCUAAUGUGCUUUAGAUCUUAAAACAUGUAAAAUAGCAGAACGUUGCACCCAAUCCUAAUUGUUUUAAAAGUUGCAUCCAGCUUUUAAUACUGGGACACUAGCUCUAGACAUGAAUAUUAAAAGGCACAGAGUUGACUAAUCCUAUAUGUGUUCAGCAUUAGCCAAAACACGUAUCUAAGUUUUCUUUUAGUUUCACUUCAAACUAAAAUCUUAAGGCUGUUGGCUUUAGCAGUAGGGUGUAGAGAUUACCUGCCAGAAAUCUGCGGCUUUUAAUAUUGAAGCAAUAUUGACCAUAUGCAUUGUCCAUUCCAAAUGGUGAACUUCACUAAAUGUCAGAAUCUGAUGGGUGAACUUUGCUUUCUGCAAACAUUUCUGCAUAUCUAGAAGUGUGUUUAUGAAUUUAUGUACAGCUCAAAGUCUAGUCUUUGCUGUUUCGGUGUUGCAUGUGUUUAUACCUUGUUUUUGUAUCAAGUGCACUAAAUUAUGAUUUAAGAACUGAUACCAAAUGUAGUUUUUGAACAAGAACACUUAUAUGAAAUGCACCUCGAGAGCUUCAAACUGCCAUUUUGUUGACGAUGUUGUAUUUGUUUUUUAACCUGUUACCAGGGUGACUAGCUGGAAGAGUGUGUCUGUGUGUUUGUGUUAAUCUCAGUGUAUAUAUGUAUAUAGAAAUGGUUUACAAAACGCUAAUGGGUUUAUUAAUUUGUGCUUCUGUGUUAUGAGCAAAAUCUAUUGCUGUGUUUGUACUUGAAAUGUCUUAAAAAGGUUUAAAAGGAAAA